GACAACUCCACUCUAAUUUUAAUUACUUAUUAGAUUUUCAAAAAUUAAGUUAUUGUAACGAAUAAAAAUUAUCGUAAUUCAAGACAAUUGAAUCAAAAGAUUAAACAAACCAACCCGAGAGUGAUUCAUACAUAUUUAUGACAAAUUUUAUGAACGAGAUUUUAAUUACGAAUUUUAUUGUGCCAAUUAUUCCCUUGUGUAACUCUGACUCACAUACUUCUCCAAUUCAAUCGUUUCUUACCUCCGGAUACCUUCUGGCGAUUUAGGAGAGUAAUUACGAAAAAAGAUACUGAAGUGCAGCAAAUUCAACUACUUUUUGUAAAAAAAAGUAAUUUGAAGCUAUUUAAAUAAUUCCACCAUCAAGACUUGUCUGAAAAUAACGAUGGACGACUUUGAAGAUAUCAAUGACUUGUUGUUCGACUGGCAAAAUUGCGAGGUACCAGCUUUGGGGGAUGACAACGUAGAAGCACGACCUCCUUCGGACGAUGCAGUCCCCGAGUUGGCCGUUUUACUUCCAGUUAGGGCGGCUAGUGAUGAAGGGGAAAUUGAUGAGGGGCAACCUUUCUUUGCGCUGGAGGAGAACGAUGACGAGUUAGGACUUGACUUGGAAGGUUCGGGUUCCCCGUGGGACGAUUUGUUGGCCAAUGCGGCCGCAAGGGACGUAGGGGAAGUUCAUGGGGGACAAUCUUUCCCUGUGGGGGUUGAAAACGGUGAUGAAGUCCAUGACUCGGCGGGUUGGGCGCUAGGCGGUCCUCCUUACUUUGUGGGGGCAGAGGGUCAAGGGGAUGGGGAAACGUCGGGCAUCGCCCAAAAUACUGGGCAGGAAAAGCCAGACAACGAGUUACCUGGCGAAGACAUGACCCCCGCUUCUCCUCUACAUUCCCCCGCACAACCACCUACCGUGGAGAAGAGGAAGCCAGGAAGACCUCGCCUACACAAGGAGAAACCAAUCCCCUCAAAGAAACCUAAAAAAUACGAGCUGGACCCCGAUCCAAACGAUAAAUCAAUUCAAAAUUCGAUAAACGCGAAGAAAAAUCGGGAAAUGACGAAGGCUAAGAUGGAACAACUUACAUCUGAGAAUGCUCGACAGGCCGACCAAAUUAAGAAGAUGGGGGCUCAACUUAACAUCUACAGGGACAGAUUUGGGGAUAUUUUUCCCGAAAACGGUGAGAAUCCUGGUGGUUUUGGACCAGAAAACCGGGACGGGUCUCACGACACGAUUUAAUCCAUGGUGGUGACGGGCGUAAUGAUUCACAUAAAAAGAUAUUGCACUAUAUAAUUAUAUAAAUGAUGAUUAUUUUAAUUAGUAAUUGAUAUUUCAUGGAUUCAGAUUUUAGAUUGAUCUUUAUAAGCAUUCCAUACAAAAUUUUAGAGAGUUGCAACUUCAAUUUACUUUUUUUGCCACAAGCCGUCACCACAUUUUUGGAGUUAAAUAGCAAAAACGGAUAACUUAAUAAAAUGUUUAUGCACAUUUGUAUUGUUUCGUAUAACGGCAUUGUAUGUACAAUGUCGUUAUACUAAACAAUCCAAAUGUGCAUAAACAUUUUAUUCAUUGUACGAGAUCCGUAUAAAUAUACUGGGUGUAUCCACAUUUGCAACCAGCGUGGUGUAAAUAUUUACACCGGCAAGUGUAAACUCAGGUUGCACGUGUGGAUACACCCAGUAUAUUUAUACGGAUCUCGUACAGUGCAUGUUCAUAUCUACGAGGUGUGUAUACAUUUGUUUAUGCAAAUCUUAAAAUUAUUUUCUAAUGCAGAAUAUUUACUUAUGCAGAUAACCUAGUAUUAUAAGAUAUACACUUUUUACACAGAAAAUAUUGUAGUCUAGCUUAACUUUCUUUCGAAUCCAAUUAAUAAACUGUGUGGUUAAUUUUGUGGAAAACAUGUAGAUUUUAAAAUAUCAUGUAAAAUAUAAAGAUGUAGUUAAUAAAAAUGUGGCGAAAUAAAAAGUUCUUAUUGCAUUUA